UUACGUAAACCAGACUCUCUCAAUCGAGCGCACCGUAAAUCGAUGUGUUGAUGUCAGCCAUUGCUGUCGUCCAAUAAGUGUUGUAUCAACGGGACGAAACUACGCUGUGAAGAUGUUUUUAAAUUCUGCAAUUCGAUCUGUUGUAUCGCAAACGGCCAGGCAGGUCAGGAGUCUGCACCAGUCUGCUGCCAGAGCUGGAGCUGGCGGCAUCUUUGUGCACCGAGACACACCUGACAACAACCCAGACACUCCUUUUGAGUUCACUGUGGACAACCUGAAGAGGAUUGAUGCCAUCAUUAGUAUGUACCCCGAGGGUCACAAGCAGGCCGCCACCAUCCCUGUGUUGGACCUGGCUCAGAGACAGCAUGGAUGGCUCCCCAUCUCAGCUAUGAACAAGGUGGCCGAGGUGCUUGAGGUCCCUCCGAUGAGAAUCUAUGAGGUAGCAACGUUCUACACCAUGUUCCUGAGGCAGCCGGUGGGGAAGUACCACAUCCAGAUCUGCACUACAACUCCCUGUAUGCUUUGCGACUCCGACAGCAUCCUGGAGGCCAUCCAGAGCAAACUGGGCAUCAAGGUAGGAGGGAUGACUGCAGACAAGAUGUUCUCUCUAAUAGAGGUGGAAUGUCUUGGUGCCUGUGUUAACGCCCCCAUGGUCCAGAUCAACGACAACUACUACGAGGACCUGAGUCCUAAAGACAUUGAUCAGAUCAUUGAUGAGCUGAAAGCUGGGAACGUCCCUCCGCCUGGGCCCAGGAACGGGCGUUUCUCCUGUGAACCGGCAGGUGGACUGACGUCUCUGUCUGAGCCUCCUCCAGGACCUGGUUUUGGUGUCAGAGCUGAUUUAUAAAGAGCUUUAGAAGAACCGAUAUAAGCUCAUUAUAAAGACCUGAACAACAGGACGCCCAGGCAUAACUUCACUAGGAUGUUCAAAGUGUAUGAACAUAAUAAUAAUGUAAAUAAAAUGUCAAUUUAAUUGUG